AUGAAAGCGGCGGGAGACCCAAGCCGGCACCCGGGCCUCGAGGCCUACCCGGCCCAGCCGGGCCCCAUCAGUGCCGCCCUGGAGGACGUGGACCUCUGGACACGCUUCCACCAGGUGGGCACCGAGAUGAUCAUCACCAAGUCUGGCAGGCGGAUGUUCCCCCAGUGCAAGAUCAAACUCUCCGGCCUCAUCCCUUACGCUAAGUACGUGAUGCUGGUUGACUUCGUGCCAAUGGACGGCUUCCGGUACAAGUGGAACAAGGACCAGUGGGAGGUAGCCGGGAAAGCCGAGCCACAGCUCCCGUGCCGGACCUACGUUCACCCGGACUCCCCGGCCUUCGGCAGCCACUGGAUGAAAGAGCCCGUCUCCUUCCAGAAGCUGAAGCUCACGAACAACACGCUAGACCAGCACGGGCACAUAAUCCUGCAUUCUAUGCAUCGCUACAAGCCCCGUUUCCACGUGGUGCAGGCGGAUGACCUCUUCAGCGUCCGCUGGGGCAUCUUCCAGAUCUUCAGCUUCCCCGAGACGGUCUUCACCUCCGUCACCGCCUACCAGAACGAGCAGAUCACGAAACUCAAGAUCGACAACAAUCCCUUCGCCAAAGGGUUCCGGGAGCACGGGAGGAACACUCGCAGUCACAGGGACGCCAGGCCCCAAGGGCAGAAGCUCAGCUCGGCCAACUCCCAGAAGCGCAAGCGGACAGAAGACCCGGAACCGAACACUGGAAGAGCCGCCGAGAGCGCAACGUUCACGAAGGAAGAGGGGGCGCGGGGGAGUGGGGAGGCCGAUCCUGGGAGUCCAGGCAAUGGCGGCUUCUCCUACUGGAGCCUGGAGCCCGGCACGAGCGACGGAGGGCCGGCCCCGGCCCCGGCCCCAACCCCAGGCCCCCGCGGGGCCACCCCCAGCCAGCAGCAGAUCCCCUCCUCCCCCCACACCUAUCCCUCACCCAGGUUCCAGAACGCCGGCCCCCAACUGCCCGCCCCCCAACCCCCGCCGCAGCUGCUGCCCGGGUGGGACCCCACCUCCGGGAUGGAGUACCCGGCCCGGCCUCCCCUCCCAGAAGGCUCGGCGGCCCCACACCCCCAGCUGGAGCCCAAGCAGCUGCCCGACGGCUUCGCCCACCUGGCCGCCUUGCCCUACCCCCAGGACUUUUCUGGGGGAGGGCCCGGGGCAGCAGACCCUCCCGGGAAGGCGGGGCGCCGGGGGCCCCGGUACGGCGCCUACGAGCCGGGGCUGGGUCAGUGGAUGCCCGCCCCCCACGGGCAGUACCGCGCCGUCGGCUACACCCCCUUCCCCACGGACUUUAACCCGCCGGGCGCCCCGGCAGCCCCGGCGGGCGUGACGGACUGGGGCCAGUGCCCCCUGUUCCCCUACGCCUGCUGGGUCCAGUCUGGGGCGACUCAGCCGGCCACGGCCUCGGGAUCUGCGGGGGCCACCGUCACCGUCUCCUGUUCCGGCAGCGGCAGCAACACUGGGAGCUAUGAUGUCUCAUGGCGCCAGCAGCAAGUGGGACCCUCCGCCAGAACGCUCACCUACAGCAAUAACAACCGGCCCUCGGGAGUCCCGGAGCGAUUCUCGGGCUCCAGGUCCGGCAGCGAGGCCACCCUGACCAUCUCCGGGCUCCGGGCCGAGGCCGAGGCCGAUUAUUACUGUCCUGAAAUCAGGGAUCUCAGCAAGCGGUACCGGUUCCUCGGGGAAGCGCGGCCCACCGUCGAGCGCUCAGUAGCCUACGGGGCCCUGGCGAUUCCUCAAGGAUGA